AUGGGGGCCUUCCAGAACAAAAAGUUCCGCUCGUCGGCGAGCAUGAACGGCAUCGCCAUGAAGUACCGAUCCCUCAUGAACCGGCACCCCUUCCUCACCUUCGGCCUGCCCUUCAUGACCGUCAUCGUCGCCGGCUCCUUCGUCCUCACGCCCGCCACCGCCAUCCGCUACGAGCGCUACGACCGGAAGGUCCGCCAGAUGACCAAGGACGAGGAGCUCAACGUCCGGCGGGCGCCGCGCAAGGUCGACAUGCGCGAGGAGUACUAUAAACUCGCCGGGCGGGACCUCGAGAACUGGGAACAGAAGAGGGUGGAACGGCUGAAAGGCGAGAGCGAUGGCAUUCUCCGGUGA